AUGUGCCCAGCCGAGCUCCAUGGCUGUUCCAACCAAAACCACAGCUGCACCCACAACAAACACAGCUGCUACAAGCACAACAACCACAUCAGCUCCAACCACAACCACAACUGCUCCUACAACAAACAUAGCUGCACAAACAACAACCACACUGCUCCAACAAAAACCAAAGCUGUUCCUACAACAACCACAGCUUCUCACACAACAACCACAGCUGCUGCAACAAAAACCACACACAACAACAGCUGCUCCUACUACAACCACAGUUGUUCAAACCACAACCACAGCUGCUCCCACAACAACAACAGGAGCUCCAUCUACAACCACAGCUGCUACAACUACAACCACAACUGCUCUUUCCACAACCUCAGCUGCUCCAACCAAAACCACUACUGCUCCAACAACAACCACUGCUUCUGCCACAACAACCACAGGAGCUCCAUCCACAACCACACACAACCACAGCUGCUCCCACUAUAA